GGAGGCCGCGGCGGGGAAAAUGGCGGACGGGAAGGCGGGAGACGAGAAGCCAGAAAAGUCGCAGCGAGCUGGAGCCGCCGGAGUUAAUUCAUGGGAGCCUCUUCUACUGCCACACAAUCUCAGUUCCUGCUGUAUACUCUAACAAACAGUGGAAGAGACUGUUGGGUCAGUAGGUGACAACUGCAGAGGUAUCUUCCAUAUAACGAUGCUUUUUGAGGUUGCUGCUCCCAUCAAUCUGCUAAGUAAAAAUAGCUCAUCUUGUAAUGGAGGGGAAAGUUCCAGUCGCAGCGCUGAGAAGAGAUCAGCUGAAGAAGAAGCUGCAGACCUCCCAACAAAGCCUACAAAGAUCUCCAAGUUUGGAUUUGCCAUAGGUAGUCAGACAACAAAGAAAGCAUCAGCCAUAUCCAUCAAACUUGGAUCAAGUAAGCCUAAAGAAACUGUUCCAACUCUUGCUCCAAAAACUCUUUCAGUAGCAGCGGCUUUUAAUGAAGAUGAAGAUAGUGAACCAGAGGAAAUGCCUCCAGAAGCAAAGAUGAGGAUGAAGAAUAUUGGAAGGGAUACACCAACAUCAGCUGGACCAAACUCCUUCAAUAAAGGAAAGCAUGGGUUUUCUGAUAACCAGAAGCUAUGGGAACGAAAUAUAAAAUCUCAUCUUGGAAAUGUCCAUGACCAAGACAAUUAAAUGAUGUGUUUUGAAAUUGGGGUGUGGGGUGGGUGUAAAGUU